AAAAAAGAGGUCACGAACAAAUUACCCCCAAAAUUCGUAAAACACACCCACUCCAUCUUCUUUACCUCACACUCUCUCUUUCAUGGCGUAAACCUUACUGCUACCUGCAACCUCAUUCUUUCUCAACAUGAAACCAUAGUGUGUGUAACUCUGUAUCCUGCUGCUGUACAAUUCUCAAUCAUCAUGAGUCGAAAUUCAUCCAAACACUCAUUCAUCGGUCGAAAUGUUCACACUAACGGUAUUCACAAUGCUCCGGUCACCGGAUUAUUAUCUCACCGGAGAGUCAUGAGUUUAACAAACACAGAGGAUUUCAGCAGCACCGUAGAUCUUUUCUCGCGUAAUCGCCGUACUCUCUCCGUCGCCGAUGAAUCCGACUUUGAGGUGAGAUUGGAACGCCUUUCGGCUGGAACAACAAAACCUGCGAAAAGUGUGUUAGAUGAUCUGCUUUCGUCUAAUGAAGGGGGAAAGCAUGACUAUGACUGGCUAUUGACUCCACCCGAAACACCUUCAGUUACUUCUUCAAAUGGAAAAGAAUAUCAACCAAAAUCAGUUGCUCCAAGAAGAAAUGGUUCAGCUAGAUCAGGCUCUACAAAUAGAACCUCAAGGCUUUCUGCUUCUCAAUCUGAGAGUAACCAUCUUUCAAGACCAGCAAGAAGCAGUUCAGUAACUCGCUCAUCGAUCUCAACCACCCAAAACACAAACAGAAACUCUAAUAUUCUUAACACCAGCUCUGCUUCCGUCUCUUCUUACCACACAAACAGAAACUCUAAUAUUCUUAACACCAGCUCUGCUUCCGUCUCUUCUUACAUAAGAUCAUCCACCCCAACUAACCGCUCACCAUCAGCCACCAGACCCUCCACCCGUACAACUCCGUCCAGAAGCCCCCCAUCCUUCACCACCACUUCCAUCGAUAGAACCAUUAGACCAUCAACUCCUACUCCUCGUCCCCAAUCACCUACAGUCCGGCCAGCUUCUAGACCAUCAACUCCAACGCGUAGGAACCCAAAACCUUCCAAUUCUGUUUCUCCAUCUCUUAACAACCGGAGUGUGGGACCCGCAUCAAGGCCAAGCUCUCCUGUCUCACGUGUCCGGGCCCCGCCCCAGCCCAUCAAUCUUCCUGAUUUUCCAAACGAAACACCACCAAAUCUUAGAACAAGUUUGCCAGAAAGGCCUGUGUCUGCUGGUAGGUCCAGGCCAGGUGUAGCCUUAACUGUGAAGGGAAAUGUAGAGAAUACAAACACAAGGAGACCGUCAUCGCCCAUUGUUGCUAGGGGAAGGCUUGCAGAACCAUCCGGACGGGGACGGUUGCAUGCUAACGGGCAUGUGGUUGAAUCACCUACAAGAAAACCGACAAAGUUGUUGAAUUCGGAGAGUGGUACCGGGUUUGGGAGAAGCAUCUCAAAGAAAUCACUUGACAUGGCCAUAAAACACAUGGAUAUAAGAAGCGGAGGCACACGUCCACUUUCUGGAUCAACGCUCUUUCCUCACAGCAUUCGAUCUAAUCAUGGUUCAAGUGCAAGCAACAAUGUCAACUCCAAAAAUGGAACUUUUAAUAACGGUUUUUCAGAUAACAGAGUGAAACCCGUGAGCGUAGAACAUAAAAGUCCGUAUUCUUCUAAACUAACACAUGUAGACGUAUACGAGAGCUUGAGGUACGACUCGAUUUUACUAAAAGAAGACUUGAAGAACGCAAGUUGGUUGCACAGUGCAGAUGAAAAGAGCGAUCAAAGUCCGUUGUUUGAUAAUGGAUUUGAGCCACUCCCUGAACCUUUUGCUCCCUUGUGAUAUGAUAUGACUUCUUUGUAUUCAUUAGUUCAUAUGCUGCUAUAUUUCAUCAUGUUAGCGUCUUUUAAAUGUCUGUAUAGUUAAUUUAUUGAAAAUUUUAUAUAGAUGCGUAA